UGGCUGCAGAAAUGGCCGAGCAACAAGAGCAGAUAAGUCUGCAAAACCUAAGCCAAGCUUUCCCUAUCUCAGUCGAACCUCAAAGCCAAGACUCGGACAGACCAUCGAACCCCAACCUCCCAAGCUUCCUGUCGUCAGUGUGGCUCAAGUACGUGAAGCUCGGCUACCACUACCUCAUCUCCAACGCCAUGUAUUUACUGCUCGUGCCACUCCUCGGCAUCUCCUCAGCCCACAUCUUGACCCUCACGGCCCGAGACCUGGCCCAACUCUAGGACCAACUGAGGUUCAACCUCGUCACCGUCGUCCUCUUCCCUGCCGUCAUGGUGCUUCUGGUAACUCCCUACUUCAUGACCCGACCAAGCAAAGUCUACCUUGUUGACUUCGCCUGUUACAAGCCCAAUCCGGCCCAGAUAUGCACCGGCGAGACCUUCAUGGAGAUCUCGGAGCUCACGACCGCCUUCACCGAGGAGAACCUUGCUUUCCAGCAGACGAUAUUUGAGAAGUCCGGGCUCGGGCAGCGGACUUACUUGCCCGAGGCCGUGCUCCAGGUCCCACCAAACCUAUGCAUGGCAGAAGCACGGGCAGAGGCUGAGGCCGUGAUGUUCGGGGCCAUCGAUCAGCUGCUGCCCAAGACCGGGGUCAAGGCUAAGGACAUAGGGAUCCUCGUUGUGAACUGUAGCUUGUUCAACCCGACACCGUCCCUGUCGUCAAUGAUCGUGAAUCACUACAAGCUCAGAGGGAACGUGUUGAGCUACAAUCUUGGUGGGAUGGGUUGCAGCGCUGGGUUGAUUUCUAUCGACCUUGCUAAGCAAUUGCUACAGGUACAUCAUAACUCUUAUGCCCUAGUGGUGAGCAUCGAGAGCCUCACCCUCAACUGGUAUCUUGGCAAUGACCGGUCGAUGCUCAUCUCAAACUGCCUCUUCCAAAUGGGUGGGGCAGCCAUCCUCCUCUCCAAUCGGUCCUUCGACCGCCGCCGCUCCAAGUACCAGCUCAUCCACACCGUGCGCACCCACAAAGGCUCGGAUGACAAAAGCUAUGGUUGCUUGUUCCAGCGAGAGGACAAGAAGAAAAAGAUCGGCUUGUCGCUAUCCAUGGACUUGGUGGCGGUCAUCAAGGAAGCCAUAAAGACCAACAUCACGACCCUUGGCCCGGUAGUGCUCCCAGUGUCAGAACAGCUCCGGUUCUUCAUGACCUUGGUCGCAAGGAAGGUGUUCAUGAUGAAGAAGCCAUACAUUCCCGACUUCAAGUUGGCCUAGCAUUUUUGCAUCCGCGUUGGAGGCCGACCUGUUCUUGAUGAGAUGGAGAAGAGCCUCGAGCUCACCAAGUGGCACAUGGAGCCAUCACGAAUGACUCUAUACCGAUUCGGGAACACCUCGAGUAGCUCAAUGCGGUAUGAAUUGGCCUAUUUGGAGGCCAAAGGAAGGACUAGGAAAGGCGAUAGGACAUGGCAAAUCGCAUUCGGGGCCGGAUUCAAGUGCAACAGCACAGUUUGGCAGGCGUUGAGGACCAUCGACCCAGCGAAGGAGAACAACCCAUGGAUGGACGAUAUUCACUAG